AUAGAAAAUGAAAUAAAUACCCUGUUUUAAACAUGAAGGCUCUUUUCUACUUUUCAUCAAAGUUGGAAAAGAUAAAACAGAAUAUAUUUGUGAGGAAUGUUGCUUGGAAUUAUAGGAUAAAGCCCUAAAUGUUAAUUUUGAUAAGUUAAUUCUUAUCAAGAAAGUAUGAUAUAAAAAGCUAUAAUAAAAGGCAUUAAAAUCACCUGAAUUCUUGUUAUCAAAACUAAACCUAGCUCCUAAUUUUAUAUAAUUCUUAAAUGAAUUAGAUAAAUAUAAUGAAAAGAGUUUGAAUAAUCUUUUGUUAGAUUUCAAAACUAAAAUUGCAAAUAUAUAAAAUACUCUCUAGGCAGUUUAUAAAGAAUUAGAAUUAUAAGCCAAAUAAUUUCUAGAAUUUAAAUAAAAAAUACGGGAUGAAUUACAAAAAGUAAAUAUUUUAUCGAGAAUAAUAGAUUAUAAAAUUCGAUUCAUUUAAAUAAUUUACAGGAAAUCUUGAAUAAUUAGGAGAUUCAAUCAAUCCAUAAGCUAUAGAAAAGAAUGAAAAAAUUCUUCAUUAAUAUUUAUUAGAUCUUAUAAAAAAUGAUUCUAAAGAACUUAAUUAAACAUUAAAUGAUAUUUUAAAUAGUAUCAAAUUAGAACAAAAAGAUUAAAAUCAAGAAUAAUAUCCAUAAUUUAAAACUUUAUUGGAAUAGUUUAACAUCUUUACUUCGAGUUAGAUAUAAUUCUAGGAUUAAUUAGAUAUAUUAUAUAACGGAACAAAAAUUGAAAGUCAAUUAUUGUAAGGAAAUUAUAAAAGAAGACUUAACAAUACCAUUUCAUAUAAACUCAAUAAAAUAAUAAAGAGCCAUUAACAAAUAUAUUUGAGUACAAGAGACGGAUUAAGUGGAUAAUCUUUUUGGAGUAAGGUAAAUGGAAAAUCAAAUUUAUUAAUGAUAUUUAAAUCUAAAAGUGGAUAUAUAUUUGGUGCAUUUUCUCCCUGUUUAUGGUAAUAAACUUUGAAUAAUUACGUUUAAGAUAAUACAUUAUCAUCAUUUUUAUUUUCAUAGACACAUGAUUAAAUAUAUCCUUUAACUGAAGGAGGCAAAUCAAAUGCUAUUUAUUGUAAUCAAUCAUAUGGACCUACUUUUGGUAAUGGCUAUGACUUAUAAAUUGCAGCAGAUUUUAAUAGCGGGGCUUCAAAUUUAGGAAAUUCUUAUUAGCGCAGUUAAUAUCAAAUUGCGAAUUAUGGUAUCCAUUUAUCUGGAUAAUCAACUCCAAAUAUAAUUGAAUGUGAGAUAUAUUAGGUCAUAUUUGCGUGAAAAUAUAAAUAAUGUCGAGA